AAAAGCAAUCAGCUGACAUCGCGUAAUGAUAGGAUCGUGUAAAAUGUAAUAUUUUCCAUAGUUUAGUAAUUAGUACUGUGUAAAUUAUUACAUAAAACAUUUAAGCGAUUUGUGUACAGUGUAUAAACUUUGCGAUACAAUAUAAGUGAGUGUUUUAUGACCAUGGAUUUUGAUUAUAUCGUUUGCCUAACACACAACUUUGAGUAAUACAGCCAUGGAAGAGUUAGAAAGUAGUAUAUGUGAAACAUAUAAUAGUUCGAAAAUAUCAUAACGUAAAUAUAUAACAAAUAAAAUCUCUUAGUGAAAAUUAUAAGUCAUCUAGUCUGUUGAACGUUAAACGUUAAUAAUUUAUUUAUAUAAUAUAAAAUUCCAUAUUAUUCGAUGUAUGAAAUACAUAACAAAUGAACACCAAAGAGUAAUAGUAUUAUAUGUUUUUGGUGUACAUAGAAGUAGAUAUAUAAUAAGCGGUAUAUAAUAUUAUGGCUGCUACAAUGGUGGAAUCACCACCACCACAUCUGAUAACCACGAUUGAGUGGAGUAUGAUGGAUAAAAGCAAGUUUUUUCCACUGUACACAUUGAGUAGUUUUACAGUACGAUGUGCCCUCUAUCCGUUGACGUUAGUAAAGACACAGAUCCAAGUUCAACGUAAGAAGGAGGCUUAUAAAGGCGUGACUGACGCCAUCACAAAGAUAUACCAGAACGAGGGAAUCUCCGGACUGUAUAGAGGAUUUUGGUUGUCCAGUUUUCAAAUAAUCUCUGGUGUUUUCUACAUAACGACAUACGAAGGAGUUAAGCAUGAAUUGGGGAAAUAUGACAUUAGUCCUAAAGUUAAGUCGUUCAUCGGCGGCGGUUGUGCUUCAAUGGUGGGUCAAACAGUGAUUGUUCCAUUUGAUGUCCUGAGCCAGCAUCUGAUGGUGCUGGGGCUUGCUAAAGGCAGACCAGGUGCUACCAGGAACCCGAAAUUAAAUCCUCUAGGUCUAGACUUAGACAAGCGUUUAUCUAAAGCAGCUUUAGCUCGCGAGGUGGCGCUGCGUGUGUACAGAGUGCACGGACCUCUGGGCUACUACAGGGGAUAUGCCGCGUCUCUAGCCGCUUAUGUACCUAAUUCUGCGCUAUGGUGGGCCUUAUAUACUGCCUAUCAAGAUGAAUUAUUGAAAUUAAGUCCCGCUUGGAUAUCACAUUUGUUCAUACAAUGUGUAGCGGGCACUUUGGGUGGAUUUACAACAACGAUACUGACCAACCCUCUGGAUAUUGUCAGAGCUAGAUUACAAGUAGAAGGUGUUGGUUCAAUGCGUCAAGUUUUCAAGGAACUUUGGCGGGAAGAAGGUCUAAUAGGUCUUUAUGCUAAAGGUCUGUCUGCCAGAUUGGCGCAAUCAGCCUGUUUCUCGUUCUCUAUUAUACUGGGCUACGAGACUAUAAAACGUUUCAGUGUAAACGAUGAGUUCAGAACGAGGGUGAGAUGGUGAUAAUAAAAUAAUUGUUAAUGAA